AUGUCAAGUCAGGAUAAGAAACCUCCGCUGGAGUCACGGUUGGGACGCGAUGAGCCUUUUGACUUUGGUCAGAGAUACUUAAAGAACGAAGAAGAAGUCUUCAACUACAACGCAUGGGACAAUGUCGAUUGGGACGAGGAACAGCUCAAAGAGUUUGAGGAAAAGAUCAAACAACAACACAACGAGCCCGUGUCCGAGUACUACAGGAAGCUAUACAACGAAAAGCCAGCCAAGUACUGGGACAUCUUUUACAAAAAUAAUCGCGAGAAUUUCUUCAAAGACAGAAAAUGGUUACAGAUAGAGUUCCCUUCCCUUUACGAAGCAACGAAGCCCGAUGCUCCCGCAUGCAACAUCAUUGAGAUCGGCUGUGGAGCAGGGAAUACGAUGUUCCCGAUUUUGCAGCAGAAUGAGAAUAAGAACCUCAGACUGUUUGGGUGCGACUACUCCAAAGUGGCAGUCGAUUUGGUGCGAUCCAACGAACUUUACGAAAAGAACGCUGGAGUUGUGCACGCGUCCGUGUGGGAUCUAGCUAAUCCAGACUUGGAACUCCUAGAGGGUGUCGAGCCGCACUCGAUCAAUAUUGCAGUCAUGAUAUUUGUUUUCUCGGCCCUGAGUCCCGACCAGUGGGAGCACGCAAUCAAUAAUUUGUCGAAAAUGAUGGCUCCAGGCGGGAAAAUCCUGUUCCGUGACUAUGGCCGCUAUGAUCUGGCGCAGAUUCGGUUCAAGAAGAACAGGCUUCUUGACGAGAACUUCUACGUCAGAGGGGACGGCACCAGGGUGUACUUUUUCACCGAGGAAGAACUCAGAAAUAUAUUCUGUGGUCCUUUCAUAGAGCGCAAAAUUGCAUAUGACAAGCGGCUAUUGGUGAACCGCAAAAAACAGCUGAAGAUGUACCGUUGUUGGAUGCAGGCUGUGUUUGAAGUUCCAGAAUAG